UCUCUUCCUGCCACAGAGCAGUGAGCAGAGCCGCCAGUCCGGCUCUGGAAUUCUGGGGUCAUCGCUGUUGUCCGGCUCUGCCCUGUGCCGGCCUUGUAGAUCUGCGUCACUGAACCAUCGGAGGCACCCUGCAGUCCUGACACCCCGGGGGUGGUGGGAGGAGCGUGCUUCUAGCUGGGGCCUGCACCCCAAGGCUUCAGCCUCAAGCAGCAGCGGCUGGGCUGCAGGACAGGGCGGGUGCAGGGCUGGAGGUGGCAAGAAGCACCGUGGCUGUUUGGGUGUCUGUCGCUGUGUCCCGAGGGCGGCUCUGGGAAGUAACUUUCUAGCCUUGGAUGGGAGCAGCUUGCCCUCCCCGAAGGACCCAGGGGGACCAAUGCUGUGAAGGAGAGGCGGCUCCUUUCUGACCCUGCCCACCUGGUUUCUGAGCACGGAGGAAGCCAGUGAUUCUUUUCUAGCAAGGUCACGGAUCACCUGACCAAGUCCUCUUGCAGCCGGGCAGCAGACGCGGCUGGCUGGGUUGCAGUCUGCUCUGGCUCAGUGGGCGGGGACGCUUUCCGCCGGGCUGUGCAGCAGGACGCACCCCACCCCUGGGAAGCUAGCGCGGCCUCCCUGUGCUGCUGCUCUGCCCUCAGAUGCGGCUGGUGCAAUGCAGGCAGCGCGGACCCUCCAGGAAAGUGAGCCGAGUUUCGAGCUGAGUUGUCUCGCCGCUGUCAUCGGGAAGGGAGCUGCCAGGGGUGGGCGGGACUGGCCUGGGGGCAGAGCCUCAGCCCUCUGAGAGCGUCUCCCGCAUCCUGGCACAGGAGACGUCCUGCCUGGCUGGCCCGGCAGCUCGCUCUUCUACCUUGGCAGGAUCGACCAGAUUCUCCAGGAACCCUGCAGACGCAGCGUUUAAGUGUCUGAGAGACGAGAGCUCACGUCCCUGAGAUGGAGAAGACGGAGGCCCAGGACCAGCCUGUGCACGGGGGUGAGGAGAAGGACUCCCCGAAGGGCCACCCGUACUCGGUGGAGACGCCUUAUGGCUUCCACUUGGACCUCGACUUCCUCAAGUAUGUGGACGACAUUGAGAAGGGCAACACCAUCAGGAGGGUGCCGAUCCACAGGAGGGCCAAGCAGGCCCAGUUCAGCACUUUGCCCUGGAACUUCAGCCUCCCCCACGGCGGCGUGCGCCCCCAGGCUGCCCUAGUGCAGCAACACUGGUCCCCCAUGGUGCCCGGGAAGGUAUCCCUGGGGCCAAAGGUGCAGACCCAGCCCCUAGCCCCUCAGGGCCGCAACCCCCAGGCCUCGGCCGGGGGCAGCGAGCUGAGCCACCCCAGGAAGGCCCUGCUGGUCGACGCCGCUGGGAGGAGGGAGGAUGAAGCACCCGGCCUUGUCAGUGCCCGGCCCCAGCUCCUGCGGGCAUCCAGCGUGCCGGCCACCCUGCCAAGCAGCAGGGCUGUGGAGAGAUUUCCUGCACCCCCAGCACCUCCUCCACUCCAGGACAUAGGUGGCACCUGGGACAGCAGCUUCAGGCCUGCAGAGGGGCCUGCAGGUUCUUCCAGCACCAGCCCAGAAGCAUCAGCUGACCACACGGCUGAGGAGCUGGGGGGCCGGGUGCUGGGGGCCCCUGAGAAGGCCGAGCAUCCAGCUGGAGAGGUGCAGGCUCCAGAUCACCCGCCUCCCCCAGGCUCCUCUCCCUCCUUCCAGAGUGCUCCUGCCAUCCUGGAGGACAUGGGGGGUAAGGCCCAGACCCGGGGCACACAGGGGCUGUCCACGCCAGGCUCCUCCACCCCGAGCCCCGCACCUCUGCCGUCGCCGGCCCCCGAGAGUGAUCUCGCCCUUGUUGAAAUGGAGCUGAGCAUCAGUGAGCUCCCCCUCCCACCUCCUCCAGAGAUAGCUGUGCGGAGCACUGGUGUGCAGGUCACCGCGGAGGCCCUGGGCCCGGACAGAAGCCUGGGACAGCAGCUCUCAGUCCUGCAGGGUGAGCUGGCCAGCUGCACCGAGGAGCUGGCCGCAGCCAGGGCUGCCCUGGAAGCCAGGGAGCAGAGGGUCCGAGAGCUGGAGGGCACAGUGGCCCAGCUGGAGGGGAAACUCAGCCAGGAUGCCCAGGGCCACACACACGCCGCGGUGAGCACAGGGCCUCUGUGUGUGGAGACCUGCCACAGGGGUGUCGGCGACGCCUCCCUGAGCCCCGCAGACUCUGGCGGUCGGGGAGCCCUGGGGGAGGAGGGGAGCCUUCUCCGGGUGACCGACAGUGCCCCGCCGGGGGAGCAGCGCCCAGCCCAGCUGUCCCUGCCUCAGGGACCCGGGACCAGCCCCGUCUCGCCUGUGCACGGCUGCCUCUCCAUGGAGCUCAGGAUCGAGGAGUCGGCUGGCUCAGGGCAGGAGUGGGACGCAGGGCUGGCUGCGGAGGGCACCUCCGGCAGCGAUCGGGAGGCUGCACUGGUGGCUGGGGAGGAGGCCAGCCCCAAGCACCCAGGUGGGCCGCCCCGGUCCCCGUCCGAUGCUGCGUUGGGGCAGUAUGUGAGGAAGAUCCAGGAGCUGCUGCAGGAGCAGUGGAGCUGCCUGGAGCACGGCUACCCCGAGCUGGCCAGCGCCCUGCGGCAGCCAGCAUCCAGGCUCAGUAGCAUCCGCGGCCAGCUGCUCAGCUCGCUCAGCCUGCUGCUGUCGGCCUGCGCAGCCCAGGGCCCCCAGCAGGAGCCGGAAGGUCGCCCGGGCCCCUCCCCACCAGCCCCCGAGAUCUCCCCGCCGACCAGCCUUAAGUCCAUAAUGAAAAAGAAAGACUAUGGCUUCCGAGCAGGAGGUAAUGGGACCAAAAAGAACCUUCAGUUUGUUGGGGUUAACGGUGGCUACGAGACCACUUCCAGCGAGGAGACCAGCGGUGAGGACAGCUCCCCCGAGGACCUGUCUGACCGCGAGGCUGGGGAGGAGUGUGAUGACCCAGAGCGUGUGCAGGACAGGGACGCCCACGCUGGGCAGGGCCACCCUGAGCCCCCCCACAGCACCGGCUGGGAAGGUGGCCUUGGGGAGGGAGCUCCCCACACCAAGGCUGAGCCGGAGGGGUGCCAGCCCUCCGAGGAAUUCCUUUGUGCCUGCCAAGUGCUGAGCCAGCACCCACUGGAAGCCGGGGCCACCGACCCGCUCUGGAGGCAGAGCUUGAACACCAUCAGCCAAGAGUGGUUCCAUGUGUCCAGCCGGAAGUCGUCCAGCCCUGCCGUGGUGGCCGCCUACCUCCUCGAGGUGCAGACCCUCUCCCAGCACCUCCUGAAGCUGCUGGUCAACCUGGCAGACCGCAGCGGGAACACAGCGCUGCACUACAGCAUGUCCUACUCCAACUUCGCCAUCGUGAAGCUGCUGCUGGACACAGGCGUCUGUGCUGUGGACCACCAGAACAAAGCCGGCUACAGUGCCGUGAUGAUCACACCCCUGGCUUCCGCUGAGACCGACGAGGACAUGGCUGUGGUCUGGAGGCUCUUGCGGGAGGGAAACGUGAACAUCCAGGCCACACAGGGACAGCAGGAGCCUGACCUGGCGCAGCACCCCCCAGCGGCCACCGGGGGCGUAGCGAAGGACGCGGACUGGCUGGUUCCGAAUCUCUGCCCGCCCACAGCAGGUUGUGGCUGCUCUCUCCCCCGGACCGCCCUCGCCCAUCAUUGCCGCCCCAGUUUUCUCAGAGGCCGAGGGACUCGUCCCAGCCACCAGGGGCUUCACAGCUGUGGCUGCCCCCUCUGCGGUGCAGGGCUGCCCAUCAGGGAGGAGAGGGAGAAGCUCCUUGCUGUCUUGUUCUCCCCAGGUCAUUGGCUUUGAUAACAGCUGGGAGAGGCGUCUGGGGGAGGCUUGUGGUUGGUUAGUCUAUCAACAACCAUUACCUAGGAGCUGAGAAAACGCACCAAAAAGGGAGCAGGCUUGUCUGGAAAGAUAUGUGUUCCAGAAAAAUGGGGAGCCAGGGUAUCUGCUAAUGCACCCCGCGAACUGAGCAUCUGUUGAACACUCCCUUUAGCCCUUAGCAGCGCCACUUUGGGAAGCUGAGACGGGAUUCCAAGUUUGCGGGCAGCCCAGGCAAUUCAGCCGCUUACAAGACCUCGUCUCAAAUCAAAAACAUAAAAAGAGUGAAAAAAGCUGGUGUAGCUAGGUCCCCGCUGCCGAGGGCCAGGCCGUGGAAAGGGAGGCCGGGCUGCCCUGUCCCUGUCUGCUGUGCUGGGCCGGGC